UGUCUGAAUUUAAGAGACUGAAAUAUUCCUCUUUGGAUGGCAUUGGAGAAGAAAAUUUAGAAGUUCUGGCUUAGGACCUCUGAAGAGACACUGUUGGGAGUGGGUGGAGGGUGACUGAUCACUCUUCUAUAUUAAUUUCCUUUGUCUCUCUUUUCAUGAGGAGGAUGCGUCCUGUGGACUGUGCACAGUGCCUGGGGGGUACCCUCAUCCCUCUGGCCGCGUUGGGCACCCUGGCAAAUAUUCUACUCUUCUUUCCUGGAGCUUACCAAAUAGACAACAAUCUAAACCUAUCUGAGGAGGUCUGGUAUUUUGGAGGAAUAUUAGGAUGUGAGGUCUUGAUGAUUUUUCCUUCUGUCUCACUGUUGAAUCUGAAGAAGAGUGAUUGCUGUGAAUUCCAUGGCCAGGAGGACUGUGGGAAGAGGCUCAAAAUAUUUAGCACCAUCAUAUCUGCUGGCACUGGCAUUAUAGGAGCUUCAUAUGCAUUCGUCAUCUCUGUGGUUGCUAUUAAUAGGGGGCCUAAAUGUUUUGUGGGAAACAAUACAUGGAAAUAUCCCUUUCAUAAUGGGAACUAUCUCAAAGACAGAGACUUGUGGAGUAGCUGCUUAGAACCUAUCAAUAUUGUGCCCUGGAACCUAAGUCUCUUCUCCACCCAGCUCAUCAUAAGCAGCAUUCAGAUGUUACUCUGCAGCAUUCAUGUGGUCAAAAGUUUCUUUGCAAUUACCUGGGAAAAGUGCUGAUGCCCUGAAAUCUGUGGGGGGAAAGCAACUACUUAGAGCUGUGAUGAGCCCUUUGGAAUACUCCACCAUCUUGGAUGAAGAGCCAUUAUCUCUGGAAGUUUCCUCAUCCCUGACACACUGCUCAAGAAGGUCUCAGGACAAGGCAGCUUUGCCACGUACAAGCCAUGGCUUAUUAAAAUUUUAUGUUAAAAACUUCA